ACCCGGACAGGAGCUCACCCCUCCCUUCACCCCCACCCAGUGUCAUCAGCCUGGCGGCCCUGAGAAAGUUCCACUGGAAGGGGCCCCAUGCAAGAGACACCACCAUUUCCCUCUUCCUCCGGGUCUAGGUUGCCAGCAAAUCUCAAGAGCUCUCUGAGAUCCAGUCUGGACCCACAGGUCCCUCCUAGGCGCAGAUGAGUUUCCGGAUUGCCGGCCCCAGACUUUUGCUACUGGGACUCCAGCUGCUUGCCAAGGCCUGGAGCUACAACCUGGACACGCGGCAUGCCCAGAGCUUGACACAACCUGGAAGACAUUUUGGGUACCGGGUCUUGCAGGUCGGAGAUGGGGUUGUCGUGGGAGCUCCCGGGGAGGGGGCCAGCCCAGGAAGCCUCUAUCACUGUGAUCCAAGCAGCAGCUCCUGCCAGCCAGUCAGCCUACAUGGGUCUAACCACACCUCCAAGUACCUGGGCAUGACGCUGGCGACAGACGCUGCCAAGGGAGGCCUUUUGGCCUGUGAUCCCGGACUGUCUCGGACAUGCGAUCAGAACACCUACCUCAGUGGCCUCUGCUACCUCUUUCCCCAGAGCCUGGAGGGACCUAUGUUACAAGGUCGUCCUGGCUAUCAGGAAUGUCUGAAGGGCAGUGUGGACCUGGUGUUUCUGUUCGACGGCUCACAGAGCUUGGAAAAAAAGGACUUUGAAAAAAUCCUGGAAUUCAUGAAGGACGUGAUGAGAAAGCUCAGCAACACUUCUUACCAGUUUGCUGCUGUUCAGUUUUCCACAGACUGCAGAACAGAAUUUACUUUCUUGGACUACAUUAAGCAGAACAAGAACCCCGAUGUUCUACUAGGCAAAGUGCAGCCCAUGUUCCAGCUGACCAAUACCUUUCGUGCCAUCAACUAUGUGGUGGCACACGUGUUCCAAGAAGAGUCUGGUGCCAGGCCAGAUGCUACCAAGGUGCUUGUCAUCAUUACAGACGGGGAGGCGAGUGACGCCGGCAACAUCGAUGCCGCCCAAGGCAUAAUCCGCUAUAUCAUCGGGGUUGGCAGGCAUUUUUCGACUGUACAAAAGCAGAAGAAGCUUCAUGUGUUUGCCUCAAGACCUGUAGAGGAAUUCGUCAAGAUUCUGGACACCUUUGAGAAGCUGAAGGAUCUGUUUACUGAUCUGCAGAGGAGGAUUUAUGCUAUCGAGGGCACCAGCAUACAGGACCUGACAUCCUUCAAUAUGGAGCUGUCUUCCAGCGGGAUCAGCGCAGACCUCAGCAAGGGCCGUGCAGUCGUGGGAGCUGUUGGGGCUAAGGAUUGGGCCGGGGGCUUUCUGGACCUGAAUGAAGACCUGCAGGACACCACCUUUGUUGGGCAUGAACCGCUGACCUCAGAUAUGAGAGGAGGUUAUCUGGGUUACACUGUGGCCUGGCUGGCCUCCCGGGGCUCCAGACCACUGCUGGCAGCAGGAGCCCCACGGUACCAGCAUGUGGGGCAAGUGCUGCUUUUCCAGGCCCCAGAGGCUGGAGGACAUUGGAACCAGACCCAGAAGAUAGAAGGGACUCAGAUUGGAUCUUACUUUGGCGGGGAGCUGUGUAGCAUUGACCUGGACCAAGAUGGCGAGGUGGAGCUGCUGCUGAUUGGGGCGCCCCUGUUCUAUGGGGAGCAGAGAGGAGGCCGAGUAUUAACAUACCAGAGAAGACAGUUGCUGUUCGAAAUGGUGUCAGAGCUCCAGGGUCACCCUGGAUACCCGCUGGGUCGGUUUGGAGCUGCCAUAGCUGCCCUGACAGACAUCAAUGGAGAUGGGCUGACUGAUGUGGCCGUGGGAGCCCCUCUGGAGGAGCAGGGGGCUGUGUACAUCUUCAACGGGAAGCCUGCUGGGCUCAGUCCCCGGGCCAGCCAGCGUAUUCAAGGAACCCAGGUGUCCCCAGGAAUCCGGUGGUUUGGCCGCUCCAUCCAUGGGGUGAAGGACCUUGGAGGGGAUGGGCUGGCAGAUGUGGUUGUAGGAGCCGAGGGCCAGGUGAUUGUGCUAAGCUCAAGGCCGGUGGUGGAUGUUGUCACUGAGCUGUCCUUCUCCCCAGAGGAAAUCCCAGUGCAUGAGGUGGAGUGCUCCUACUCAGCCAGUCAGGAGCAGAAGGAAGGCGUCAAGCUCAAGGUGUGCUUCCAGAUCCGCCCCCUCAUGCCUCAGUUUCAAGGUCGCCUGCUUGCCGACCUCAGCUACACCCUGCAGCUGGAUGGCCAUCGGACAAGGAGCCGAGGUCUGUUCCCAGGAGGAAGCCACGAGCUCAGUGGAAACACAUCAGUCACCCCAGAUAAAUCCUGCAUGGACUUCCACUUCCACUUCCCAAUCUGCAUUCAAGACCUCAUCUCCCCGAUCAAUGUCUCCCUGAAUUUCUCUCUUUUGGAGGAAGAAGGAACACCAAGGGACCAAAAGGUGGGCAGGGGCGUGCAGCCUAUCCUGAGGCCUUCGAUCCACACAGUGACUAAGGAGAUUCCUUUUGAGAAGAACUGCGGUGAAGACAAGAAGUGUGAGGCAGACCUGUCCCUGUUGUCUCCUGCCAGAUCCGGAGCCCUGCGUCUGAUGUCCUCUGCCAGCCUUGCUGUGGAGUGGACACUGAGGAACUCGGGAGAAGACGCUUACUGGGUGCGAUUGGACCUGGACUUCCCUCAGGGACUCUCCUUCCGAAAAGUGGAGAUGCUUCAGCCACACAGUCAAAUACCUGUGAGCUGCGAGGAGCUCACAGAGGGGCCCAGUCUCCUGAGUAAGACGCUGAAAUGCAAUGUAAGCUCUCCCAUCUUCAAGGCAGGCCAACAGGUGAGCCUCCUGGUGAUGUUUAACACGCUGCUGAAUAGCUCCUGGGAUGAUGUCAUCAAGCUGAAUGGCACCGUGCACUGUGAGAACGAGAACUCAAGCCUCCAGGAGGACAACUCAGCCACCACCAGCAUUCCUGUCCUGUACCCUGUCAACAUCCUUACUGAGGACCAGGAGAACUCCACACUCUAUAUUAGUUUCACCCCUAAAGGUCCCAAGACCCAACAAGUCCAGCAUAUCUAUCAGGUGAGGAUUCAGCCGUCUGCCUAUGACCACAACAUGCCCAAACUGGAGGCCUUGGUUGAGGUGCCGCAGCCUCACAGCGAGGGUCCCAUCACAUACACGUGGAGCGUACAGACGGAUUCCCUUGUCUCUUGCCACCGCGAGGACCUGAAGAGGCCAUCCAGCAAAGCUGAGCAGCCUUGUCUGCCUGGAGUCCAGUUCCGCUGUCCAAUUGUCUUCAGGCAGGAGACGCUCAUCCAAGUGACUGGCACAGUGGAACUCUGCAAGGAAAUCGAGGCCUCCUCCACACUCACCCUCUGCAGCUCACUCUCCGUCUCCUUCAACAGCAGCAAGCAUUUCCAUCUGUAUGGCAGCAAAGCCUCCGAGGCCCAGGUCCUCAUGAAGGUUGAUGUGAUCUAUGAGAAGGAGAUGCUUCACCUGUACGUGCUCAGUGGCAUUGGGGGGCUGGUGCUACUGUUCCUGAUUUUCCUAGCGCUCUACAAGGUUGGCUUCUUCAAAAGGAACCUGAAGGAGAAGAUGGAGGCUGAUGGAGGUGUUCCGAACGGAAGCCCUCCAGAAGACACGGAUCCUCUGGCAGUACCCGGGGAAGAGACCAAAGAUAAGGGCUGCCUGGAGCCCCUCCACGAGAGCGACAAGGACUAAGGCCUAGGUCUGCUACACUGACGGCCCAGGAACAGACUUGAGCCCGGGCACUGACCAACUUCAGCCGCAAGCCACGGCGUGUCCUGUCCUUGGUUAGUCAUGGCUGUUCCGCGUCCUCAGUUUCCCCAUUUUGAGCAUAGAGCUCAUUCCUAUGUUUUCUACAGGUGCAUGGUAAGUAGGCUGAGGGAGGCCAAGAGGGCCAUAGGUGAAGGCUAUCUUCUGCUAGUCUGCCUUGUUGUCCCUCUGAGAGAAUCUUUGAAAAAAAAAAAAACUGGGAGAAACUGCCAUCUCAGGACCCAGUAAUACCCGAGCCCUCCCAGCUGCCCCCAGCUGUCCUGACCUCCUGGCUCUGCCCCACACUCUCCUGCCUGGACUCUGUUGCCACACAGCAAAUCCCAUUUGUGUCACUGCAUGGCUACUGCAGAUGACUUUUUGAGUCAGAGACAACAUUUCUUGAUGAGCCUUGAAGGCCUUCUGAAGUCAGGCCCCGGUGGUGGCCUCCCCAGCCUCUGCUAGAGAUGACCCGCCACUCUCCCAGGCACAGCUAUCCCAGCCUGUCCCAGAGUCUUUCUCCCUCCUGUGCUGCUGUAUUUGAGCUCAUGUCCUCUUCCCCAUGGGGUGUUUCUGCCUCCUCCUGUCCUGACUAAGGAGGGUUCCAUACUGUGCACCUUGCACCAGCCUGUCCUUGCCUCUGUCCUCCAGGUUAUAUUUAUUCUCUUUGAUGAAUUAUUUAAUUUCUACCUGUCAUUGAGCUCUUUGAAGUUUGGGUAUGCACCCUGUCACCUCUGGUGACAUCCUAGGCUAGGGAGCAAUAAAGCAGGCGCAGUUUCAUUGACUUGAUGGAGGCUCAGGUAGAGAAAUGGCUUGGAUGAACCCCUGGCAUUGCAUCCUCCAAGGCUCUUCCUCUCCAGAGUCCAUCACUGUUAAAUUCCCCAGCUCCCAUCCAAAAGUGGAUCAAGACGCUCCAGGACAAAGCACAUGAGUGGCAGUGUGAAUGAGAAAUGCCCCACAUAAGCUCAGGCGUCUGGACACUUGGUCCCCGUUGGAGGCUCCGAGAGGUCAUGGGGAGGCGCGGCCUCGCUGGAGGAAGCCUGCCAGGGAGAAGGGCCGUGAGGGUUAAAGCCUGCAAGUCCACUCCUGGCUCCAGGCCUACAGUCCAUGUGCUUGCUCUCUGCUGUCCUGCCUGCUGCUGGCUGCCAUGUGCCUCUGUCAUCAAAGACUCUUAAACUCCCUGGAACCAUACACCCAAAUAAACGUCCUCAAGUGUGAUAGUUUAUCAUAGCAGCUGAAAAAGUUACUAAUACAACAUGCCUGCAUCCGCUUAUCCAGUAAGUGUGGAAUUCUGUCCGAUUCUGAUGGCUGUAUGCUAGUGCAGUGUUCCAGCCUGGCUUAUUUAAAUGAAUAUAUUCCCUCAAAUGCUGUACCAAAUAGAGUCAAAAGACUCAGCCCUGCUUCUCAUCUCCUGUAUUAGGGUUGGGGUUUUGUCUUGUUUUCUGUUGCUGCAAUAAAGUACCCUAACGAAAGCAA